UUGCGCACGCCACUGCAGCGAUCGAAGGCCGCGUCGGGAAAACCGCUUCAGUCUGCCAUAGACCAGCACCGCGACGCCAUCCCCAGCUGGACGUCGCCUCGCCAACGCACCGAACGACCUCUCCACUCACAUCGAUUGACAGAACAUUACCAUCGCUCAACAAGUAGGCAACAACACGCUAAAUAGAAAGGAAUGCAAGUGACAAUCUCUUUCGACAAUCGAACACUUAAAGCACAGAUUAACGUCAUAUACAAGCUAUAAAAAACCUGGAGAAACAACGAGCAGCUACUAGAAUUUGAUUACUUGGAACCAAAGUAUUUUCAUAAAAACAAUACAACUUACUGAAUUGACCGCAAAAAAGUGCCUUAUCCAUGUGAUGGGAGAAAGUCUACAAUGAGCUCGUUGUAUACAUAUUAAUGUAAUUGAUAUAGUUAGAGUGAUAUCUGAUCAUUGAUUGGAACUGAUAUUGGAUGCCCAGUUUUUAUUGUGCUCGUUUGAUUGUGAUGGGAUUUGGAAUCUGCAAUAAAUAAAUCACAAAUAGGAUAUUUGGUGUGAAUCUGUGUAAUUGGUCGAAGAUUAAUGCAAAGUUGGUGCAAAUCAAUGCAGAAUCAGUUUGGAAGCUGAGAAUAAUGAAUCACUGAUAAUUAGAAAUAGUUUUCUUAACAAUUGUGAGAGUGGGAGUGUUCUGGCCGAAUGUGGACAUGAACCUGGUUUCAGAUGAAAACAAGCUGUUGUGAGUUGUGAUUAGCUACAAGUUUUGCUACAAAAUGGCCGCUGACUCUGAGGAAGACUCGGACUGAGGUAGGGUGUUCAGGGAGUUUAGGGAGUGCCCGCCAGGAAGAGCUAUGAGAUGCCUUGGGCCAGGAGGCCACUCUGCUUCAGAGGCAUUGGCUCACAUCACCGGGAACCACCCUCACACGCACAUGCACGCCCUGUCAAGCAUCUGCUCUCCAACUUGUUCUGCUGCAGCAGGGAUGUCAAGGCCAUUCGCAAUGCGGCUGAGGAGGAGGAAGCUGAUGUGUCAGAGGAGGGCGAAUCAGUGCCGAUGGGUCCGCUCACACUGGAAGAGUAUAUCCGCACUCUGGAGCCGUACAACCCGGCAAUCCACGGGUGGCGAGGUGACGAGCCUUGGAAGGGUGCUCGCCGGCGCCACACUGUGUUCCAGUGCUCCGACAUCGGACCAAGGCCACGUUACACUGACACUAACAACGGCCAGCUCUACACCAACCAGUGCAUAAGUGUCAGUGCCGAUCAUGCGCUCUACAUUUGAACAGGUUUUUUAAGUCAGCGCUAGGCAGACUCAGACCAGAGUUCCAACUUUCAUCUAUGAUGGGCCUUAAAUACGAUGCAAUACAAUCUUAAAAAAAACAUUAAGCAGAAAAUCAAACCGUUUCCUAGAUUAUGCUAAUUAUUAAAUUGUACAAUGAUGUAAAUAGUCAUUAUUUUGUUCACUCUAGACAAUAAAAGAUUAUAUCAAUUGUU